AUGGAAACCUUGAAGCUUCAAGCGACAAUUCAUGAACAGCAGCUCGUUAUCAAUAAGUUUGAAUACAAGGAAUUACUCACCAAUCACACUGCAGUGAAGGAUCAAUGUCAAGCUAAAUUUGAGCAACGGGAGCUCAAUACCAACGAUCGAGCUGAAGUGACUAGUGUGCCUUAUGGUAAUGAUAUUCAAACGAUUCAUGUGGCCGGCACGGAGCCCUUCCAAGUGCCCUUUGUCCCAAAGUUCUCGGGAUGGGUUGUAAUUCAGCGUAGAGUGGAUGACUCCGUGAGCUUCAAUCGAACAUGGGAGGAGUACAAAAAUGGCUUUGGGGACCUGAGCGGUAACUUUUGGCUCGGGCUAGAGAAACUUCAUCUGAUGACGAAGUUUCAGCCACACGCGCUCUACUUACAGCUGGAGGAUUCAAAAACGAAAAACGAUUGCACGCUAUAA